CGGGAAUGACUUCAUCCUUGCAAUGGAGGAGGGCUGGUCGCUACUUGCAAUACAUCACCAGAUCCUAGACAUGGAGUCUGGCAGUCGCAGCUCCGAGCCAGACUUCCCCGACUGGUCGUGGCUCCCUCUUCCAGCCGCUCAGGGACCACCUUUGCACGAUAGAUCUGAGGUGAGGAUUGUCACUAGGUGGUGCUCUUUCGCCAGAAAUGGUCUUCCAUCGGAUCCAUCGGUCCGGACUGAUGGUUUCUUUCUUUCACCAGGUCGCUCAACACCUCAAGUCCUUCAAAUCCUCAUCUUGCAUAACUCUCCGGGCUCGACCGAGUCAGCCUGAAUUGCGUAACAGUUUCGGCGCACGUCACUAGGCGUAUUGCCAGCUUGGCGUGCAGCCUGUCGCCUGCGGAUGGUGAUGCGAGACCCACCCACUUUCUGGGAAAUGCCCG